CGUUAUAAAAAUAAUCAUCUAGCAAACUGGCCACUAUUAACCACAGCUGAUCGCAGGCUGAUAAAUGUUGAAGGUCAGCUAAAUGAAUUCAACACAUUGUAAAAAACCUUCACUCUAUGCACUACAUCUCACCACAGCAGCAAAAUGUCCACGAAAUUAAUUUUAUAUUCCGCGAUCACGCUGUGUUUCAACGCCCAGGUUCUACGCCGUUAUCUACGGGACGAACUUCUGCUAACGUUUCCCUACGUUCUCGUACUUAUUCUUCCUACGGUAACCCAACCAUUUUGUCAGUACUUUCUGGGUGGAUUUUGCGGUGUUUUUGUGUUUGCUAUUGCAGUGUACACUUUGUAUGAGAAUCUUCCACAGCAAUAUGUCAACGUUAAAGAUAAAGUCGUCUUGAUGACCGGUUGUGACACAGGUCUGGGACAUGCUACUGCUCUUUAUCUGGACAGCCUUGGGGCUCAUGUCUUCGCUUGUUGCUAUGACAAAAAUGGAACAGGAGAGCGAGACCUUGUUGCUAAUAGUUCCAGUAGACUAACAACGAUACAACUAGAUGUUACAGAUCAAGAUCAGAUUGAUGAGGCAUUGGAUAUGGUGAAGGAUCUAUUGAAUGGAAGAGAGUUGUGGGGUUUGGUGAACAACGCUGGAGUCUGUCUUUACGGAGAGGCAGAAAUCACAACGGUGGAUGCAUUCAAACGAAUGUGGGAGGUCAAUUGUUUGGGUCAUUUCCGAAUGGUCAAAGCAUUCCUCCCUCUGCUACGUAUCUCCAAGGGUAGGAUCGUCAAUGUUACUAGCAUGUGUGAUAAAGUAGCCACACCCAGUUUCCCAGCUUACUGCAGCUCCAAGUCGGCAGCUUUUGGCUUCUCUAACGUCUUAAGGAUUGAGCUCCAGAAGUGGGGAAUUAAUGUCUCUAUCAUCGAACCGGGAGGCUUUAAAACUCAAGCUGUAGUGGGUACUCAGCUCCUUACAGAGUACCAGCGGCUCCUUGGUUCCCUAACCCCGAAGGUAGCAGACGCUUAUGGUAAGAGGUAUUUUAGCACAGCGCUAGCCUCCAUGUAUAAGUCAGAUGAUAUCCGACUGUUGGAAGACUUUUCACCGGUAAGCACUGCUGUUGAGCAUGCUCUCUUUGCUAAAAGUCCACGCGCUCAAUACUUAUGCGGGGUACCAGCUGUGAUUAUGUCAUGGAUAGCCAAUCAUCUGCCAGCAUUUUUUAAUGAUUUGAUGGGGUCGUUGGUAACUGGGACAUAUAUCCCGCAAAGCGCCCUCCCUACGGAUGAAGAACGCGUAGCGACUGCUGAGAGAAAGAAACAAGAGCGAAUUGCCAAGAAUCAACGCGCUAACAUGCCGGCAAAACAAGUUCACUUUAAGAUGGAUACUAGUGAACCUAGUAACCAAGGUAACCAGGAUAGUACUAAUAGUGUCAAGAAUAUCCCAGAUUCAACCCAGAAUGGAACAUAAAUUGAUAAUGAUUUAUUUUCUGUUAAAUUUAAGAUUAUGCACAGAAUAGAAUUUUUAAAUAAAUGUAAUGUGAAUAUUUUCUAUGCAUUUCAUGUGAUAGUACUAAGUUUAAUUAGAAACAACAGUUAUCUUAAACUUUCAAGCAUUGCCGAGUUUAACAUACGUUGCUUUUUUAUUCCCCAGUUUUGUUGGGGGAGGGAGGAGUGGUUUAAGUGCUUGACGAAAAUUAAUUAAAUAUUUGACUUGAAAAAGAAAUGUUUUUAAGAAGUAAAAAAAUUAAAACAAGAUCAAGGCAACAAAUUAAUAUCUAUUGUAUACAGGAUGAAGUAUAUUAAUAAUUAAUGUAAGAUAAAAGGUAAAGCAAGGGGAAUAUUUUCAAGGUAGGGUCAUCAUUCAGGUUUUCUUUAGCAUUAUGUUGAUUUAUUGGCAAGGUUAUAGAAACGAAAAUGCAAUGAAAGUCACCUGUGAAAGUUUCAGUUGAAUACAGGGCCUACUUGCGGGGGAAAAAAAUGUCUGGGUAUUUUCAUCAAGAACAUUGAAUCCAUCCACAUAUAGCAAGGUGACAGCCGGUACCAACUACAUCUGUGGCAAAUGAGGGCAGUAUUCAAACUGAGAUGCUAUGGAAAUUUCCAAAAAUCACCUGCAGGCGAUCUUUGGAGAUUCAAAUUUGUUGAUUACCUUUGUUGAAUUUUGAUUCUGAACGUAGACGUGACUUCAGAUGCUAAAAUUUUGCCAAAUGCUUUUACUACCAUUUUCAAUUUUACAACAAGUAAGAUUUCAGAUAUAAAUCAUGCAAAUUAUCUUUGAGGUAUUACCGAAGUAUGACCUUACCUCUAACAUCUUCUUGACUAUAUUUAUUAGAAGGAUUUUCUCAGCCUUAAAGGCAUCACAAAUUAAAAUAUUUGUGCCCUUCUUUUGGACCCAUUUAAUUCUACGCAUAUUCAUUUUAUGUUGAUUAAAAUCAACCUUUUAAAGCCAUUAAAUUUAUCAAAGUAAAUAAUUUUUUUUAAACUUUGAUUUUAAACCUUUUUAUCAAUGCAGUACUUAAAAGAUGAGUGUUUUAAUAUAAUAAUAAAUAAUAAUAAUAAUAGGCAUUUGUAAUGACUAAUGAGCCAAAUCAAUCUAAAGAUGUUGUGACAAGGUGCAGAGAAGCAGGGUAAUAAAAAGGUUAUAAGAAAAUGCAAGAAAAUGUUAAAUUACAAAAUGAAAAUCUCCCCCAAAUUUUAAACCAGAAAUGACUUUUCAGAAUCAACACCUCGUCUUUCAUGCCCAUUUUAUGAGUAAAAAUAAUGGUUUCAAAUUUUCAUCUUGUGAACAUUCAAUUUCUGAGCUUAUUUCAUUUCUUUCUGUGCCUUAAAUUAUCCAUAAUCUUUCCAAUCUUCUCUGAUGAAAUUCAACACAAGCUAAUUGCACCCUACAAAUUUGUGAAACCAUUAAAAAAAGAUGAGCACUUUGAAGAACUUAAACAUGUAAAAUUAAAAGUUUUUAAAUAAAAAGAGGUUGCUAAUUUUUAGUUACUUCUUAUUCUUCACACCAUGAAAUGUUUCAAACCACUGAAAAGUUAAUUUUAUGCAAUUAUUUAAAUGUACUGAUUACUGCGUACUUAAAUUUCCGAGAAGACAAUUUGCAAAUGGAAAAAUCCUCUUUAUGUUUUAUUUUGACACGGCAAUAAUUUAUAGUAGUUGCAAAAAUAUUGAAGUUAAUUUAGUUUAUAAAAAAAAGUUACGAGUUCUCCUUCGAGCCGGAUUCGAACCAGCGACCUAUGGAUGUCAGGCAUUUAACUUCUACAGUCCACCGCUCUACCAACUGAGCUAUCGAAGGGCCGCUGAGAUUGCGGGCUUACGUAGACCCAAGAUAACUAAGCGAUAAAUCCUUUAGAUAUGACUCAUCCAUUGCGCCCGCGAAUUAUUGUGAAACCACAGACCAAUGAACUCACAACGUCCGGUGUGGUCAGAGUGACUAGCGCCCUCUUGGGGUUGAAUUUUGCCAUUACAUUAUUUUUGUACAAAUGUACUCCACAAAACGUUGUUACGAUCAUACAACAGAUGUUUUCGGCUUAAAACCUACCUAACCAAUUAUGUAGCACAUUUUAAUAGUUUUUAAUGAAGGAUUGUAAUUUAAAGUACUUAUUUACGGGAAAAUGGCAUGGGGUAAAAAAACUGCAAACUUAAUUAUUUAUUUAUGUUGUUUUAAUUAGUUUUUACAUACUUUUCGAGAAGGUUGUUCCAAAUCCAAAGACAAUUUUUUUUAAAGCAUUUUACAUGGGUAUAAGUACCUGGUCUUCCUAUAACAAUGGUAUUUUGGAAAACAAAAAGUGAUAUUUAGAGCAAAGGUUACAGUGCUGUGAACACCAUCCAGCUUUUCUUUGAAAGUACAAUAAGUCUUUAAGGAUAAAUUUAAUGGAUUGUUUUAUUCAUGCCAGUUUAUUUAUAUCGUCUUCCUCAUCAUCAGUACAUUUCAUAUGUAAAAUUACAUGUAUAUAUAUCUUUUUAAAAAACUUGCAUGUUAUUUUAACUGAAUGAAAUUCAAUAUAUUGGCACUCCGUACUAUAAUGAAUAUCUAAGCCCUAUUUCAUAAAGCUGUUUAGUAGAAAAUACUUCUUAAAAAAUGUCUUUGCUUUACAAACAAUCAGUGGGGCACCAGUUGCAGCCACGUAAACUUGCCUAGAAAUUUGCCUGGUAACCUGUUUUUACUAAGCAACUUUCAAUGUGCUUAGCAGGGUUUGUGUUUAAAGGCUUUAUGAAAUUGACCCCUCAUGUAUGUCAGACAAACAUUUUUUAAAGUAAAAUAAGAACAUUCUAAAAUAUUAAUGUUUGAUAAGGUAAUUGUAUAUCCAAUGAAAUAAUAAUAUAGCAGGGUUUUAUUCUUAUAUCUCGCUUGAUGUUCAUAAACAAUAUAACUCACAGUUUAUUUUCAACGUUCAGUUUUAUGUUUUGUAUUGCAAAGGCAGCCUUGGUCACAUAUUAAUUGUAGUCUUCUUCCCCCCCCCCCAAAAAAAAAAACAAAAUAAUAAUUACAUUAGUUCCCAAAUUAUUUUAUUGCGAGCACAGGGUAUUUGAUAUAAGGGUCACAAACCACCUUGGUUAAUUUCUAACCUAUACUUUGAACUGAUAUAUUUAUCAUUAAACUAGGAAAAGAAAAUGAUCUUAAAUAAUGAGGAAAUUUCAGUUGUAUAAGACAAUCAAUUUCAAUAUAGUGAAACAACGAAAAAUUGCAUCAAUCAAUUUACAAAUCUUUGAAGGGUUUCAGUUUUGAUGCCACUGAAAUGAAUAAGAUUAGAAGUGGUUUUCUGUUUUAAUCCUGCGUGAUAUUCUUCCUUCUUUCGUCGGAAUUCCAGGGAUUUUUUUUGCACUUGGA